UCCGUAAUCCGUAUCAUCAAACGCAACGUGUUAUAAAGUCUUUCGGAUCGAGUGAUGUAAUAAAAUCGACCAGGGUCAUCUUUUUCGACGAUCAAUAAAAUCACGUCAAGCGGUGCCCAGACCCCUCACGUCUGUCCAGCGUGAUCGGUGUAAAAAUGUACAGACUAUUGCAUGAGUGAAGCACGUGUGCGUCUCGCGCUUGUCAGGCGAAACUGCACGUCAAAACUUUUCCAGGCCAAUGCGCUGUACAUGUGCACUAAUAGGACACUCGUUCAGUGAAAGUGAAUUCUGUAUUCUUUUUUUAGUGUUCUCGUGUUUUAUCGAGGCAUUGAUCUUUCUUCAUCCAGAACAACUAUAAAUGUCAACUUCAGGGCUUGACGGAGUCAAAAUAGCGAAGAUGGAAGAGCAGAGAGUUUUCACCAGCCAAGCCCCGUUGGUCCACCUCGACCGUGUGACAGCGGCCAUCAACGGCAGCCCAACGCCCCGGUCCCCGGUUCGCGUCAUGCUGUGGUGCGUCCCGCGCUCCGUCUCCACCGCCUUCCUAAAAUGCAUCGACGGGCUGGACUGCCGGGCCGAGAUCUUCCACGAGCCCUACUCGGUGGCCUACUACUUCGGCCCGGAGAGGCGAGCCCCGCCCGGCCCCCAGAUCCCCGAGGAGGGGCAGUACACCUACAGCUGGGUCCGGAAACAACUGGAAGCCGACUACAUCGGUAGCGAGGUCAUCUUCUGCAAGGACAUGGCCUUCGCGGUGGACGGCCGCUACGACAGCAUCCCGGACGGUUUCAAACACACCUUCCUCAUCCGCAAACCCGUCAAGGCUCUGAUGUCCUACCACAAGGUCGUCAACAGCUACCCUGGGUACGACGGUGAGGUGUCGGUCAAGAACGGCCUACCCAAGGGGUACGCCUUCAAGGAGGCUUACGACUUGUACAAUCACAUCUGCGCCACUUGCCGCGAGAAGCCCAUCAUUGUGGAUGCCGACGAUCUGUGUCGAUCGCCCAACAGCAUCCUGAGGAAAUACUGCGACGCUGUCGGUUUGCCGUUCUCGCAAGACUUACUGUCUUGGCAGCCCAGUGACGGCAUCAGCUCGCGGUGGCACUGUGCCCCCAGUUUUCGGGCCCUCAAUUCCGCCAUGGGGACUCACGAGAGGGCACUCAAGAGCGAAUCGUUCCUCUUCAAGGGCAACAACAGGGUCGACCUGAUGCCCAAGGACGAGCUUCCGGAGGGCGUGGUUGAAUGUAGUGAGUGCAGUGAACCGUACUAUAAGAAGAUGUACGAACUCAGGCUGAAACCCUGAAAAAAAAAAACCCAAAAAACCCCAAAACCGCAUUGUAUACAUACCAACGGAAAACGGUUCUUUAUGUAAAUAUUUGAUCGUGAGUGAUUUUGCCGAAGUGUUGCACACUACAGCUUACUUUAUAAUAACAAUCGGCUGUUGACAUUUUGAUCCGCCAUCUAGUGAUGUUAGCCUGCAAAUGGCAGGCAGACGAAUACUGCCAGAGAAAAAUAAUGCCAACAUACCGUGGCGGAUGGGUCUUCUUCUUUUUAGAGCCCAGAAUUCACAAUAUACAAGUAAUCAUAUUUUCUGCCGCGUUAUUCUUUUUUUUAGGGGGCAAUUUGAUUAUAAUUUAUGUGAUUGUACAUAAUUAUCAUUUUUGAAGUUUUAAGCAUGUUAUUGUUUUAUGCAGCCAAGGUUCAUACUGUUUUGAAGAAAAUAAAACACUCAACGUUUUACAAAGUUGACAUUGAUAUGAUAUGGGACAGUGGUAUUAUAAGGAAAUGGGUUGUUUCUGAAAUAGUGUCUUUUUAUACGGAUUUAGAGCAUUUGGGUUAGCAUUUCGAUUUUCGUAUGGUAGAAUUCGAAAGAGGGGAAGCGUUAUACGUAGCUAGCUCGAAGCUAAUUUUGUCUCCGAGGAGGAAACACUCUAUCGGUUUCCAUUUUGGUCCCAAACACGUUGUUCAGGUCGUUGUACUGUACAAUUUUUAACUCUUUGAAGUAGGGACUCAUUGAUGUAUUGCGCAUGCCCGAGUGGCAUUUUGGGGGAGACCCAUAGAGCUAUAUUAAAGCUUUAUGGGUAGACCUCAGAUUUCAUAGGUGUCAAACUUUCAUAUGACAUGCUACCCAAAUAGCAUGUAACAGAAUGCCAAUUUAGUUCUAGGGCAGUGAAUAAUAGUAUUAUCAGUUGUCGAGGGGAAAAAGUGUCCGUGGCACUAUAUCUUCAUACACGAAUGGUAUGGAGUGCAUUUAUAAUUAAAGAAACGUUAGGCAACGCUUACGUAACGAAUUAUCCACAAUGAAAACGCGUUCGCAAACUGCAACGCACUCCUUUGGCUAGCUGCUUUAAGCACAGAAAUUGGCUACAGACAGGUUAAUAUCAGUCAAAACGUUUCAUGUAAAUAUGUAAACUGCUGUCUGUCUGGUUGUGAUUUUUACUUAGCAAUUACAUUUGAAGAAUGUUGUUUGUUGAUUGUUAUAUGCUUUUGAUGUUCUCCAACUUUUUUAGAGAAACAAAAUUCAUUUGGUUUUCGAAGAAGUAGCCACACUUUUCGUGCUACCGUGCCGGUCACGUGCUGACGCUGCCCUCAACGUCCGGGCUCAGGCAUUUUGUCCUGUUGCAAACUGCCAUUUUGUAUUCGUUAUCAGAGGUACCAUUGUAGUUUUGAAAUGUUUUAAACGUUUGUAUAAAAAGUUUGUAUUUUUCAAUUGAUAUAUAUUUGUGCACUUUUUGGAACUUUUGAUAUAGCGCGAAAUAAUAAUAUUUUGAAACAAA